AUGCUCUUCACAUCGACCACGAUCGUUGAGGAUAUAAAUCUGGAGACAUUCGACACAAUUUCGACAGCAUGUUUGACAAUUGGAGUCCUCGUCACUGCCGCGGCUUUAGUCGUCGCGUUGAUUCUCCUUGCCACUUUGACGGCAAAACAGAAGCUUUUGAUUGUUGAAAAAGAGACUCUCGUGGAAGAAUGCAAAACUUCUGAAUGGCUCUCGGACCAGACCCGACUCUUUGUCCAGGCCUUGUUGAGCGGCGAAAGUGCGUUGGGGAGUGCCGCGCCUUCGUCAUUGCUCGGUCGACCACGGAGCGACUAA